GCUACGGAUCCAGCCAUUCAGCUCUAAGAACCAUGCAUUCCCCCAGCACGACAAAACAGGGGGGAGAUGAAGGCAUUUAAUACAGAAGCUCUGGCAGAGUGAAACUGAGUUGCAAAAAGAGUGGGCAAUUGGAUAAGCAUAAGAAUACAUCAGAUACAGACUUAAAUUCUUAAAGACUUCAGGAAUGGAUACAAAAUGGUCACAGUUGCAUUCUUUCAUACUUAAGCUCCUGAUACUUCUAAUAUAUUUUUCAAAUACUGCCAUUUGUGAAACAGGAGACUGUAGAGAGCAAGAGUUCAGAGACCAUGAUGGAAACUGUAUGCUCUGUGAACAGUGUGGGCCUGGAAUGGAACUGUCUAAGGAAUGCGGCUUUGGAUAUGGGGAGGAUGCCCAGUGUAUGACAUGCAGGCCAAACAGAUUCAAGGAGGACUGGGGUUUUCAGAAGUGCAAGCCAUGUUUGAACUGUGCUCUUGUAAAUCGCUUUCAGAAAGCCAACUGUUCUUCAACGAGCAAUGCUGUCUGUGGAGACUGCUUGCCAGGAUUCUAUAGAAAGACAAAACUUGGAGGUUUUCAGGAUAUGGAGUGUGUUCCUUGUGGUGAUCCACCUCCUCCAGAUGAACCCCACUGCACUACAAAAGUGAAUUUGGUGAAAAUCCCAUCAACUGCUUCCAGUCCAAGAGACACUGCUCUAGCUGCUGUGAUAUGCAGUGCACUGGCAACUGUACUUCUAGCUCUUCUCAUCCUAUGUGUUAUUUAUUGCAAAAGACAAUUUAUGGAAAAGAAGCCAAGCUGGUCUAUGAGAUCACAGGAUGUGCACUGUGAGGGCUCUGAACUUUCAUGUUUUGACAGACCACAGCUUAAUGUGUUUGCUCACAGAACAUGUUCCCAGUGCCAGCGGGACCCAUCACAAUUGUGUGGUCCAGUGCAUUUGAUUCCAUCGCUGUGCUGUGAUGAAACAUGUAGCCUGGAACACAGCUGUCAUAGCUGCCCUUUUCAUUCUCAGGCUUCACUUCAUGAAAGGAAUUCAAAUUCUAUUGGGGAAAUGAUUCCAGCAUUCCUUGGUUCUCUUUCACAUUCUACCUGUGGAGAUCUUUCGGAUGCUUGGCCCCUUAUCCAAAACCCAGCUUGUUGUGAUAGCAUUUCUUUUUGUGAGUCAUAUCCUGAGGUAAUGGGAGAAGAUGAAAAUUCUUUCAGCCUGGAGACUGAAAAAACAGCCUUUGUAGAUUCAGAUAAUGAACAGGAUCCAAAUGUAGUUACAUCUAUGAAGUGUCAUUCUCAAAGCUCGACAGAGGCAACUGAACUUCCCAAUCAUACUUACUGUAUCACAGCUUCAUUAAAUCAGUUCCAAACUGCUGAACAACAGACAACAAUGAAAGAUGAGAGAACAGUUAGUGCUUCCCCAAACUGAUUUAACAGGAAUCUAAGGGACCUUUCUGGCAGCUCUGCAAUUGAAUGCUUCCCUACAUGCCUCUCUUCUAAUGCUUGUGAAUGGAAUGUGACUUGGAUCUCAACAUUACAAGGUUUCAGAAGCAGCUGAAAUAAAUUGGCAGCAUUUCAAAGCUCUUGGGAAGCUGCAUUUUAAGACACAACAGCUGUAUGGGAAAACUUCAAGGACCAGCAUGGUGAAAGACCAAAGGCAGAUCCGUGCUGCUCUCCUCUUUGAACAACAAGCUUCGGUGUCUCAUUGACACACAGCAAAAAUUGGUGGACUGAUCUCAGUGCUCAGAUUAUGAAAAUAUAACAAGCCAUAGAAUAGCAUUGUUUUGUGUGAGUAUGGCUAGCUACUAACAGCAGCAGCUGUGUGUCAGGGUUUGUCCUUUAUUCUCUUGGCAAAAGGAAGCAUUUAAUAGGAUUUUCAAUAAGCUGUGCUGAGUCAAUGUAGAAUGUGCCAAAAACCCAACACUGUGGAAAAAAUAAAUUACAGGUUUUAUGCUUUCUUCCCCUUGUUUAUUGUGAACUAAGAAAGCUCAGUGCCUGUUUGUUACAUUACAUUAUGCAUAAAUGUUUCUCUGGGGAAAAUCUGCUGUGAAAAUUAUGACUGUACUAAUCUGUUUUUUGCACAGCUGUUUACGAUGUGAUCCUAUGCAUGUCUGCACAGAACUAAGUUUCAUUCUGUUCAUUGAUGCUUGCUUCCCAGGUAAUGUGUAUAGCAUUGCAGCUACAAUAUGGAAGAAACUUUAUAUUAGGAUUUACACCUGCCAAAAGAUGCUAACACAAAUGGGCUUGAAAUAGGUAUUUCAUACAUUUUUAUAUGCAUACGAUGCUAUACUAAAACUGUUGACAAUCCAGCCAAAGUUAAACACCUUUAAGUGCCGUUCAUUUCAGUGGGAAUGUUUGUUUAGUUGUAACUUUCAUAGUAUCAGUGGAAUUUAAGUGUUUGUUUUUGACUACAGUUUACCCUGUACUUUUUAUGAAGUUUGAAACAAAGAAAUGAAAUUCAGUGCUCAAUCCCAUGGCCUGCCAACAUUGUCUGAGGGACAAUGGGACUAUCUGGAGUAUUAGGUCCAGUGUGCUGCAGUCUUGGAGCUGGGACUCUGAACAGGGAGCUCCUACCCCGACCUUCCUUCUACCAGCAUAUGCUGGCUGCCUAUGGAAGGACAGGAAUCCACCUUGGAAAGGGGUAAAGCGGCACACCAGGGGGACAGGGAUUGAAAGAACAUGGGACCAAAGGCUUGCUUGUCCCAACAGCCUUUCCCCCCACACCAUGACACUUCAUCUGAUUGGCCAACACCAGCCAUCUAGAUGAAAUACGGGGUGCAGAGUGGCAGAAAUCUCCAGUGUGCGCCUCACAGUGGAUGUACAUAAGCCUCUGUGUGCAGAGCUUGCAUGCAUUAAGAACAGAUGACAUAGGAUCAUGCCGUUUGGUUUCAAUCAUAUAUGUGCUUCUCUGAGAGAAGCACCACUGAACUAAAUUUACUUCUAAGUAGACACAUAUAGGUUUGCACUGUUAGGUUUCAUACCGAGUGGCAGCUGCAUCAUAAUUAUAAAUGAAAUAAUUGAAGGCUACAUUCUUUUUAUACUGAUUUGGAAGCAGAUCCCACUAAUUCUAAUGAGAAUUAGUUUGAUGCAAAUAUGCAUAGUGUCAGCCUUCCAUGAUAGAAGACUGUUAACAAAAUCCAUGUUGUUUUUAUUCACUAAAACAAACCAGUAAAUAAUUUGUACACUUUUUGCAUGAAGUACCAUAUAUUUGUGUAGAGUUUGUAAAUAAAAAUUCAGUGUGCAUUUCAGUAUUCUGUAAAGCUUUAAAUAGGCAAUGUGUAUAGACUACUAUGUAUACUAUGAAAACUGCUUUCAAAAUGUCUUUUUUCAUAUUUGUCCAAUAAGGAGCAUGUUUUUCCAUUCGCAUUUUCACUUCAUGUGAUUAGAUUUUUCCACCAGUCUACAUUAAGAUCAAAUGUUAAAAAUGAAGUAAGAAAAAGAUUUUAAAAUGUUUAUAUUGUGUACAUACAGUUUAGAAAUGUUUGAUUUAACCAAAUUGGUCUUGAUUAUGUUGCCUAUGGCAAGCAAUGAUGUAUGUGCCAAAAGCAAACAUACACAAGCAUUUUUAGACAAUGUAUUUUCAAACAAAAAAGUUUUCCCAAUAUGAUUUCAUAUGCAGGAAUUCAAAGGCAGGGGUAUAAAUUACAACCUUGUGUUCAUGUUUAUAUAUUUUUUCUAUUUGUUAAUAAAAACCCAUUAAAAUAUUAUUGGUGAAUAUGUCUGAAAUCCUAUGGCCUCCCCAGCCCGACCCACAA